AUGAGGAAAAUUAACCCCAGAGAAUUCAACGUGCCUCCAGUGGUAUUUCCCUCCGGUGGAAACCCUGCGGGCGGCGCCGGUGGAGGCCCCCAGCAACGCAGCCUCCCUACAGCCCCCUUCCAACCCCCGCGAUCCGCUAACGCUAGCAUCCCAUUCAUGGCAUUCGAUGUCAACUCGGCUGCCGCUUCCACUUCAUUUUCGACUCCUCAAUUCCCCUCCACAAUUUCCACCGGAGGCGCUGCCGGAUUUGAGGAUGACUCACCACUCCUUGAGGAGCUCGGCAUAAACACGAAGCAAAUUUACCAGAAAACAAUUUCUAUUCUCAUUCCGUUUAGAAUCAAUGCCCAUCUUCACGAAGAUGCUGAUCUCUCUGGCCCUUUCCUUUUCCUAAUGGCAUUCGGAAUCUUCCAACUCCUUUCCGGAAAGCUCCAUUUCGGGAUAAUCCUCGGCUGGGUUACUGUGGCAUCGCUGUUUCUAUACAUUGUUUUCAAUAUGUUAGCGGACUGGAAUGGGAAUCUCGAUUCGUACAGGUGUCUUAGCCUGAUCGGAUACUGUAUCUUGCCGAUUGUGAUACUAUCGGCUGUGUCGUUGUUUGUGCCACAGGGCGGGAUGGUGAUCAUGGUGUUGGCGGGGAUGUCCGUGAUAUGGUCAACACGCAUUUGCACCCUCCUACUUGUUGAGUUAGCAUCCUUUGGGGACGAGCACCGAGGCCUAAUCGGGUAUGCUUGCUUCUUAAUUUACAUGAUUUUCUCUCUGCUAGUGAUUUUCUGAUAGAAUUACUAUUAUCAAAUUGAGUUGCGUCUCGUCAAAUUCUUAGUCUCUGCUAGGGUAUUGCUUGUUAGUAUCCUGAGGCAUUAAGUGAAUGGAAGCCAAAUCGUGGUAGUGUUGGACAAUGAAUCGAAUUGUUUUUGGCUGUCAAAUGAGAAUGUGGUAGAUAAUGUGCUAGACAGACCUCGGAGAUUUGUUUUCAUAUUCGUAUUGUGAUUGGUGAUUAUAUAAUUAGCGUGCUCCUUUUAUUUGAUGGUAUCAAAAUGAUUAGAAACACUGGAAAUUUUUAGCAUCUGUGGGCAUGGUGUAUCAGAUUCUUUAUUAAUUGUUUAUUUGUGAACA